UAUCAAAUGGUGUGUCUCUGAGGUUUUAGGUUGGUGGGGACUGAAGAAGAGUAGUAACGUUGAGCCUUUUCUUGACUUGUUUGCGUCUUCCAAAAACAAUUAACACAUCAUAAAAACAGCCAAACAUAUCUUCCGUUUGUUUCUAUUUAUUCGUUUUUCUUGUCUGAUUCAAACCCAAAGAAGACCAAAUUAAAAGAAAACAGUUCAACCAAAUCACUUCUCCUCUUGAGGGGUUGAAUCUCUGGCAGCUGUUCUUGCCUGUUCAAAGUUUCAGAUUUGACCAUCUGGGUCGCCAAUUUCUCUCCUCUCCGAUCAUAAAUUGAAGUUGAUUCAAAAGAGAUUUGACUUGGACCAAAGAGAUGAAGGUUUAGUUUGAUGAGAUGGGUUGUGUAUUGAGUAGACCCGGAUCAUCAGGAUUAGUUUCCGAGUCUAGAGAGGAAGCUAGUACAAGGAUCGAGUCUAACCGCAAAGAAGCAAACAAUGUGUCCGUGACUACUACAGAGAGCACUAGUGUUGCUGUUGUUGUUUCUUCAACUGGUGAGGAGGUUAGGAAUGGUGAAGCUAUUGUGGAAGAUCACAAGGAAGAGAACGGAGAUGUCAAAGAGAAGAAGCCUAAAGGCGAAAGAAAAAAGUCUACUACUAAGCCUGAUCCGAGACUAAGCAACCCACCAAAGAACUUGCCAGGCGAGCAAGUUGCAGCCGGGUGGCCACCGUGGCUGACUGAAGUCUGCGGUGAAGCUCUAAACGGGUGGCUUCCAAGAAAAGCUGAUUCCUUUGAGAAGAUUGAGAAGAUUGGAUCAGGAACGUAUAGUAAUGUGUACAAAGCGAGAGACUCGUUGACUGGAGCCAUCGUGGCGCUAAAGAAAGUGCGGUGCGAGACUAUGGAACAGGAGAACUUGAAGUUCAUGGCUAGAGAGAUUCUGAUCCUGAGGAGGUUGAAUCAUCCCAAUGUCAUCAAGCUAGAAGGUUUGGUUACCUCCAGGAUGUCAAAUAGCUUAUACUUGGUGUUCCGUUAUAUGCAUCACGAUCUAGCUGGUCUCGCCGCAAGCCCUGUCAUAACAUUCACCGAACAACAGGUUAAGUGCUAUAUGAAGCAAAUACUCUCGGGGCUCGAGCACUGCCACAGCCGAGGAGUGCUUCACCGUGACAUCAAAGGAUCAAACCUUCUUAUAGACGACGAUGGAGUUCUGAGGAUAGGAGAUUUUGGUCUUGCGACGUUCUUUGAUGCGAGUAUAAGGCAAAAAAUGACGACGAGGGUUGUUACUCUAUGGUACAGGGCACCUGAGCUGCUUCACGGUGCUGUUGAGUAUGGUGUUGGUAUUGAUCUAUGGAGCGCUGGUUGCAUUCUAGCAGAGUUGUUGUCUGGUAGACCGAUUAUGCCAGGUCGUAACGAGGUUGAUCAGAUACAUAGGAUAUAUACGUUAUGUGGGUCGCCUUCUGAAGAGUAUUGGAGAAAGAUUAGGCUUCCUUCUCACGUUAAGCAUGCUAAUCACACGGCUAAACCGCAGCAUAAGAGGAAAGUAAGAGAGGAAUUUAAAAAUUUCUCUCCUGAGGCGCUUUCGUUAGUUGAUAGGCUUCUAGCUCUUGAUCCGCUUGAGCGCCUGACAGCUUCAGAUGCCUUGACGAGUGAUUUCUUCACGACGGAGCCGUUUGCAUGUGAGCCCUCCGAGCUCCCCAAAUAUCCUCCAACUAAAGAGAUUGAUGCCAAGAAACGAGAUGAAGAGUAUAGGAGACAAAGGGAAGUACGUAAGGUUCAAGGAGAGAGCGGAAGAAGAAUCAGACCUAGAGACCGAGCACCUAGAGCAAUGCCUGCUCCUGAAGCCAAUGCUGAGAAUCAAUCUAACAUCGAUAGGAUGCGUUUGAUCACACACGCUAAUGCUAAGAGCAAGAGUGAGAAGUUUCCUCCACCGCAUCAAGACGGUUCACUUGGUUAUCAAGUGGGAUCUUCACGGCGUCUUGAUCCAUCAGAGAUACCGUUUAGCUCAAACUCGUUCACUGCAACUUACUCCAAAGAGCCGUUUCAGACUUGGUCAGGCCCUUUGGCUCCCACUGAGGCGCAUGACUCAACAGCUAAGAGGAUGAAAGAUAUUAACAAGGAGAGAAGAAAGGCUGCUAAACUUAAAGGGAAAAGAAUCGUUGUUUGAUUGAUGAGAUUAUUAAUUAUUAUUCAGCUCCAAGUUUCAUAAGGUUCCUUUUUGAUAGAUACUUCGAGAAAAAAAAAA